UUUUUCAUUGACAACUUUUUCGCCUUCUGGCAAGUUAGUCCAAAUUGAGUAUGCGUUGAAUGCCGUGGCUGCUGGGGUUACAAGUAUCGGGAUAAAAGCAACAAAUGGUGUCGUGAUUGCCACUGAAAAAAAGACCCCAUCUCCGCUUAUCGACGAUUCCUCUCUCGAAAAAGUCGCGGUCAUCUGCCCAAAUAUCGGGAUCGUAUAUUCUGGAAUGGGCGGAGAUUUUCGGGUGUUGGUCACAAAAGCACGGAAAGCUGCGCAGAAAUAUAAGCAAGUGUAUCGUGAAUAUCCGCCAACAGGGAUUCUGGUGAAAGAGGUGGCGAGUGUUAUGCAAGAGUAUACGCAGACAGGCUAUGACGAGACAGGUUCAUCUCUUUAUCAAGUUGACCCGUCUGGUACUUACUGGGCAUGGAAGGCAUCCGCAAUUGGGAAAAACAUGAUUAAUGCAAAAACAUUUCUGGAAAAAAGAUACAGCGAUGACAUUGGAAUCGAAGACGCGAUACACACUGCAAUUCUCACCCUAAAGGAAGGAUUCGAAGGACAAAUGACUGAGAAUUCAAUUGAGAUUGGAGUAAUCGAUGGUGGACAGGCAAACUAUGUAAAUGAAAAGGAUCCUCCAAAGUUUAGAAAGUUGACGCCGUCUGAAGUUAAAGAUUAUUUAGCGAAUAUAGCUUGA